AUGGGGGCUGGAGGGAGUGCAGAGGACAAACACUCCAGGGAGCUGGAGAAGAAGUUGAAGGAGGAUGCCGACAAGGAUGCAAGAACUGUCAAGCUGCUGCUGCUAGGUGCUGGAGAAUCAGGAAAAAGCACUAUUGUCAAACAGAUGAAAAUUAUCCACCAAGAUGGUUACUCACUUGAAGAAUCCUUGGAGUUCAUUGUCAUUAUCUACAGCAACACCCUGCAAUCCAUGAUGGCCAUUGUGAAGGCCAUGAACACACUCAAUAUCGGCUAUGGCCACUCUGAUCAGCAGGAUGAUGCCAGGAAACUCAUGCAUCUUGCGGACACCAUCGAGGAAGGCACCAUGCCUAAAGAGAUGGCAGAGAUCAUUAUGCGUCUGUGGAAGGACACUGGCAUACAGGCGUGCUUUGACAGGGCUUCAGAGUACCAACUCAACGACUCCGCUGGAUACUACCUGAGUGACUUGGAGCGACUGAUCCAACCAGGCUAUGUGCCCACUGAGCAGGAUGUGCUGCGAUCAAGAGUGAAGACCACUGGUAUUAUUGAGACCCAGUUUUCCUUCAAAGAUCUCCAUUUCAGAAUGUUUGAUGUGGGUGGUCAGAGGUCAGAGAGGAAGAAGUGGAUCCAUUGUUUCGAAGGUGUGACCUGUAUCAUCUUCAUUGCUGCUUUGAGCGCUUACGACAUGGUGCUGGUGGAGGACGAUGAAGUGAAUCGAAUGCACGAAAGUCUGCACUUGUUCAACAGUAUCUGCAACCAUCGUUAUUUCGCCGCCACCUCCAUUGUACUUUUCCUGAACAAGAAAGAUGUGUUCAUUGAGAAGAUCAAGAAAGCUCACCUGAGCAUGUGUUUCCCUGAAUACGAUGGCCCCAAUACCUAUGAGGAUGCUGGUCACUACAUCAAAUUGCAGUUCUUGGACCUGAACCUGCGUCGAGAUGUCAAAGAAAUCUACUCUCACAUGACCUGUGCCACAGACACAGAGAACGUCAAAUUUGUGUUUGACGCCGUAACCGACAUCAUCAUCAAAGAAAACCUGAAAGAUUGUGGUCUCUUCUAAGAGCCACACUGAGACACCCAAUGAAGGGUGAUGUCGUAGCCCUGUCCCAUUCCACAAACCAUUCCAUAAAUUUGAGGACUGAAGAUGAAAUCUGUUCCCUCCAACAGCCAUCCUCAAACUGCCACACACAAAUAAUAAAAAUCUAAUUUGUUGUGUUCAACACUAAGUUGUAGCUUUAACGAAAAUCAACUGGGUCAACUGAAACCAGAAGACAGCUCUCAAGUCAGAAAAUCCUGUACAGAUUUCAGAUGAGUUAAAGUUUAGUCCAGCUAAGUUUUCUCUCGAGUCUCAUCUUUGGAGGGCUACGCAAUCUGUAGUUAAGACAUCAAAAGCUUCUGUCAGCAUAAAGCAAUUUCUUCUCACAUGUACUAAUGUGAAUAUGUCAGGCUUAUGCAUUGUCUCCGUGCUCCAGUAACUGGUCAGUAUACAGCCAAAAGUCAAACAAGAGGGCCUCACCACCUGCAGACGCACUUCAAGUUUUGUUAGAGAUUUAAAAAGAACUUGUCACUAGAAACAGCUUUUACAUACAGAAACUCUGCAGUUUCAAGCAGGUAACAAAUUGAAUAUUUGAGGAGAGUGGUAGAAAAUGUAAUCUUUUGCAAUAGUUGAAAAGGGCCAGUGUAUAUAAUUAAACUGUUUCCUAUUCGACAGUUCAUGAAGUGUGGUGAUACCAUGUGGAUCUAUUACACUGUUGAGUGGUAGAUGUAAUAUACUUCUACUUAAAAAUCAUUGUCUAAAAGCAAAGUGAACCUACAGGCCUUUGAGCCAUCUAUCCUGUAAUUGUAAAUCUUGACUUAACCUAUUAAAGCUUCUGUAGAAAACUGAGUAGUUUUCCAUUUUUCACAAAUAAAAAUCAACACAGCAAUGUCUUGUUCAU